AUGAGUCGUUAUCAUGAUAUCUUAGGUGAACUUCUCAAUAUAGAUGAGGAUUCCGAUGAUGAUCUUGAUAUUACGAUGGUUGCCAUGUUGGAAGAAGAAGAACAACGUCGGAAUGUAGCAAUUAUGAGCCACCGUGGUUCCGCUCCCGGUCAUCGUGUUAUCAACCGCAAUUGGGAGGAAGGUCAUCAAAGAUUGUGGCAUGACUAUUUCGCAGAGGUUCCAGUAUUUCCUCCUCAUCUUUUUCGGAGACGUUUUCGGAUGAACCGACAUCUCUUCUGUCGUAUUGUGGACGACGUUGUUGCUCGUAACGACUAUUUUCUUCAAAAAAGAGAUGCUCUGGGAGUUCUUGGCUUGUCAUCACUCCAAAAGGUCACAACUGCAAUGUGCAUGUUGGCAUAUGGGCAACCCGCAGAUUCUAUUGACGAAUACAUUCGGAUCGGUGAAAGUAUUGUUAUCCAGUGUCUUCGCCAUUUCAUCGCUACUGUUGUUGACGUUUAUGGCGAUCAUUACCUGAGGGCUCCUAAUUCCAAUGAUAUUGCUAGAUUACUCUCCUUCGGAGAACAAGUAGGAUUCCCAGGCAUGUUGGGUAGUAUUGAUUGCAUGCAACGGACUUGGAAGAACUGCCCCACUACAUGGCAGGGAAUGUACACUGGACAUGCUCGUGAACCUACAAUCCUCCAAAACACCCCUAAUUUGGCUCAAACCAACUCAAAAUCAGCUCCUAUAUCAGUCACUUCCACCUCAGAAGAACUCGACCCGAGCGAACUUCAAGGCAAAGCUCCCUCACAGAAAUGA